CAGCCACUUCCAUUUGGCGGUUCGACUCCAAUAUGGCUGAAGCCAACGGGCCCAAUGAGGCGGCGGCUGAGGGAGAGCCUGGCGGGUCGAUUCCUGAAUCCGUGCCACCUGGUACUACCAUUUCGCGGGUGAAACUCCUCGACACCAUGGUGGACACUUUUCUCCAGAAGCUGGUCGCCGCUGGGAGCUACCAGAAAUUCACGGACUGUUACAAGCAGUUCCACCAGCUUCAGCCUGAGAUGACCCAGCGGAUCUAUGACAAGUUUGUCACUCAGUUGCAGGCAUCCAUCCGGGAAGAAAUCUCAGAAAUCAAAGAGGAAGGGAACCUAGAAACGGUCUUAAACUCCUUGGAUAAAAUUGUGGAAGAUGGCAAGAACUGCAAGGAGCCUGCUUGGCGCCCCAGUGGGAUGCCAGAGAAAGACCUGUGCAGUGUUCUGGCACCCUACUUCCUGCAGCAGCGAGACACCCUCCGGCACCAUGUGCAGAAACAGGAGGCCAAGAACCAGGAGCUGGCUGAGGCUGUCCUGGCAGGGCGCAGACGAGUGGAGGAGCUGCAGCAGCAGGUGCAGGCCCGGCAGCAGGCCUGGCAGGCUCUGCAUAGAGAGCGGCGGAAGCUGGCAGUGGUGCUGAAGGAGCCUAAGUGAGGGGGCACAGUGGGCCCUGCAGCAGAGCGUGGUCAAGGUCAAGACCCACGGCUGGCAUGCUGAGUCCUAGCCCUGAGGACAGGGGAAAUAGUGCCAGUCCCAGGGCAAUGAUGGAGGACCAGUUGGAGCGAGCCACACUACCACUGCGUCUCCAGGGCUCCCUUGGCUGUCAUUGUGCCACUGCAGAUUGCUCCCCAUUGUCUUCUGCCCUCAGAAUCAGGUGCUGGGCUUCCUUUCCACUUGGUGCAGGCCAGCACUGUCUCCUAUGCUCUCCUGCUUCCUGAACCCCACCCUCAGCCCAGAAUGUGUUUUCAAUCUCCACUGAUUGUCAUCUUGCUGGCCAGCCCAGGAGCAUAUGCCAUAUUCUGCCCACAUCUGUAAAUAAACUUCCUCUGCUACACUGUAA